AUGCCAGAAGAGACGAGAGAAGUGAUCGCUGAUCAAAUUACAAUUGCUGCUGAACCAAUCCUCCCACAAGAACCUACCCGAUCAGAGCAGAUGGCUCUCAUUCUGACACAAGAACCUGUCAGGGUAGAUGAGGAUGAAGUUGCACCACAUCUUUUGAGUUACUUAAGUCUCCCACAAGAACCUGGUCUACCAGCUGAGACGAGAGAAGUGACUCCUCCGAUUGACUCCAAUCCGAAAGAAGCUCAACCCGAACCUGAAGUCUUGCACGAAUCAGUCAUACCCGAAAGCUCUCAAGCAAUUGUGUCAGUACCCGAAGAUGUCCCAAUUCCCCCAUCAAAGGAUCAAUUGCUUCGAGAAUCUAUUGAGAACGACUUCAACAGAGUAAUGCAAUGGCAGAAAUGGCGAACUUCUCCGUUACAAACUUUUCUUGAAACGUUUGAGGAAAUGAAGGAUGAUGAAGAGUGUGCUUUAGAGUGGAUCGGUACACAAGACAUUUAUGAAGCAUUGUGUCUUGAAACCAUCAAGCGCGUGUACUCCUACAAAGUGACCCAUCGCACUCUUGGGAAAGAAAAGGCACCCAUCUGCAUUGAUCUCAACAAGCCGCCAUUAGACCCAGCCUUCGUCGAAGAGAUGAAAGAAUUUCGAUAUGCUCUACUUCCAUCAAAAUUCAAGACAGAGUUAGAACGAACUCAUCAGAAUGAUCCGGCAUGCAAUGUCAGCGGAUUCAAAGAUGACGAAGGAAGGGAAAUUGAUCACAAAGACGAAAGAGUCUCCGAAAAUGAGAGUGGUGACGCGAACUCUGAUUCGGAUGAAAAUGCUGAUGAAGACAAGGAUAAUGAUGAAAAUCCUGAAAACGAAGAAGAUGAUGAAGAUGAUGAUGACAAAUCAGGUGAUGAGCAGGAUGGCUCUCAUGGCGAUGAUGGAGAUGAUGAUGAGGAGGAAGGAAAAACUGAUAACAACAAUCAUGAUGAUGAUUCAGAUGACGAUGACAAUGAUGAUGGAAAUUCAGACUAUGAUAGUGAAUCUCCUAUCAUAGGCAACACCGAAGAUAUACCUGAACGAUCACCUGCCCCUCGCUCAUCCCCACCAAAGGAAGACCCAACUUGUGAGUUACCUCUCGCUAUACUGCCUCAUCUCCCAGGUACAACUCGUGAUGAAAACAUGGAUGCAUCACCUCGUGAUGAAAAUCGGGAAGCAUCACCUCAAGCGCCUGACUAA